AAUCAUGAUGUUGUUUCUAUUACUUUUAGUAGCUUUUCCUAUUAUUCUCAUUUUUCUUGUUAACAAAACCAAAAUAAGUAGAAAUACCAAUCUACCACCAGGUCCUUUAGGUUUGCCAAUCAUUGGAAAUUUGCAUCAAUAUGAUAGUGUAACUCCUCAUAUCUAUUUUUGGAAACUUUCAAAAAAAUAUGGAAAAAUAUUUUCAUUGAAAUUUGGUUCUACUCCAAUAGUUGUAAUUUCUUCAGCAAAAUUAGCAAAAGAAGUGAUGAAGACACAAGAUUUAGCAUUUUGUAGUAGACCCUCUACUCUUUGCCAACAAAAAUUGUCUUACAAUAGUAAUGACAUAGUAUUUUCACCUUAUAAUGACUAUUGGAGAGAAAUUAGAAAAGUUUGUUUGAUUCACUUAUUUAGUCUCAAGAAAGUUCAAUCUUUUAGUCCGAUUCGUGUAGAUGAAGUCUCAAGAAUGAUCAAGAAAAUAUCUCACCAAGCUGCCGCUUCACAAAUUACCAAUUUGAGCAAAAUAGUGAUUUCACUUACAACUACAAUUAUUUGUAGAGUUGCUUUUGGUAUUAGGUUUGAUGAAGAAGCACAUGAAAAGAGGAGAUUUGAUGAACUUAUGAAUGAGUCUCAAGAUAUUUUGGCUAGCUUUUUUGUCUCCGAUUUUUUUCCUUCUUUAAGUUGGAUUGAUAAAUUUACUGGAAUGAAAAAUAAACUUGAGAAGAAUUUCAAGUGUUUGGAUGAAUUUUAUGAAGAGCUCAUCGAGCAACAUCACAAUCCCAAUAGGCCAAAAUCCAUGGAAGGAGAUAUGAUUGAUAUUUUGCUACAAUUGAGGAAGGAGCAAUCAACUCAAAUCCAUCUCACUUUGGACAACAUAAAAGCAAUUCUCAUGAAUUUAUUUCUUGCUGGGACGGACACUAGCGCAAUUACAGUAAUUUGGGCUAUGACUGCCUUAAUGAAGAACCCAAAAGCCAUGAACAAAGUUCAAGAAGAAGUUAGAAAAACAAUGGGGAAAAAAGGCAUCGUAAAUGAAGAUGAUACUCAAAAUAUGUCUUAUCUCAAAGCAGUAAUAAAAGAGACAUUUAGAUUGUAUCCACCAGCUCCAAUCCUAGUGGCAAGAGAGACAAUGCAAAAUUCAAUACUAGAAGGGUAUAAUAUUCCACCAAAAACAACAAUUCGCGUAAACUAUUGGGCUAUUGCAAGAGAUCCUGAGUACUGGGAAAAUUCAGAAGAAUUUAUACCCGAGAGAUUCUUGAAUAAUAACAUUGAUUUUAAGGGUCAAGAUUAUGAAUUUAUCCCAUUUGGAGCAGGGCGGAGAGGUUGCCCAGGUAUAGCACUUGGUGUUGCAACAGUGGAGCUUAUACUAUCAAACCUUCUAUAUGCAUUUGAUUGGGAGUUGCCUUUUGGGAUGAACAUUGAAGAUAUCGACACAGAGAGUUUGCGCGGAAUUACUAUGCAUAAGAAAAAUGAUCUUUGCCUUGUCCCCAAAAAUUAUAUGUAGACUAUUUUAGUGAUAGCUUGUGCAUGCGGAAUAGAAGGUAGAAUAAGAAUAUGAAUAUUUGGAAGAGUGUUUCCCCCUUUCCAAUUCUUAUAUAAGUAGUAAUGUAAUUUCCUUUUUUGAGAUGAAUAUUACAAAGCUUAUGUUUCAUUUUCUAUUAUUAUGUUUUGAACAAUAUUUUCUAUUGAUGAGUAGUUUGGCCUAUUUGAUGUUUAAUAAGCACUCAAAAGGGUACUAAGUUAAAAAAAAAAAAAAAAAGCAGGCAUAAAACCAUACGACCAUAUAUUAAAAUACAGAUGACAAACAAAAGCAUACAUUAUUAAUUAAUUUAAACGUUGAAGUUCGGUACGGGUGAAGGCUUCCAAAGUCGACCAGUUUUCCAUACUAGUUGUUACCUUACACUACCAUUUUUUCAAUAUUAUUGAAUAGCAUGGCCGAGAGCCGUGUUAUGGGUGACCUUAUUGCACGGUUUGUUUAGUUUCUAGUAAUAAUUUCUAGGAACAAGACAAAAAGGUUUUUUCUUAUGCAUAGCAAGUCCAAGCAAAACAUCAGUAUCAAUGUCUUUAUGUUCAUUCCACAUGGCAAUUCCCAAUUAAAAGCGCAAGUUUAAAAGGCAUUUCUUAAUAUUUAGCCGAUGAGAGCAAGUAAAAUAGACACAAAUAGAGUAGAUUAUUACCAUGAUAAUAGCCUUUUAUGUUGUCCGAAGUAAGAUUGAUUGGAGUUGAUUUUUCUUUCUUCAAUUGGAGCAAAAGAUCAAUAAUAUCUCCUUUGGCCUAUUGGGAUAAUAACAUUGAUUGUAAGACAACUUUUGUUGGCCAAGAAGUGAAGGCCGACUACAAAAAGCUAAAUCUUGUGUCUUCAUUACCUCUCUUGCUAGAUUUACUCCUUUUGGCUUUAGGAAGAAGGAAAC